AUGUCUACACUUCAAUCGCUUAAUGCUCAGUACCUCGCGUACCUUUUGCAAUACCCAUUGUUGACAAAAUCUAUCACCUCCGGUAUUUUCAGCGGGUUAAACGAAACCGUGUCGUCGGUAAUCACCAGCGAGUAUAAAGAGUCCAAAGUGUUUGGUGUCAAGGUAAAGCACGUGUUUAGUGAAAAGUUGCUCAAGAUGAUUAUCUACGGGGCCUUGAUUGCAACACCAAUUAGUCACAACAUGUAUGGUGUCAUCAACAAGAUCUUCAAGCCACCAUUGUCGAGCAAGCAAAAGAUUUUGCAGUUGUUGACCAGUUUAUUGACUGUGACCCCAACAAUUUCGGCCUGUUUCGUGUCAUGGAUAUCGAUAAUCAACAACUACAAAUGCACAGGAUGCAACCCAAUCACCGAGUUGAAGAAGAUCUUAUUUAUCGUCAAGGCAGGAUUGAAGAAGGGAUACUUGCCGGUUUUGAAGUCGUCAUUGACAACGUCAUUCUUUGCUUUGUUGGUGGCACAAAAAUUCGUUAGACCAGAGUUGUGGGUUGUCUUCUUCAAUUUGGUCUAUUUCGUUUUGGGAACGUAUCAGAAUACAAAGUUGAAGAAGUUGCAGAAGCAACAGAGAUUGGCCGAAUCCCAGAAGUUGAAGGAAUUGGAAAAGGAGGAAAAGGAGGAAAAGGAGGAAAAGAAGGAGUGA